AUGAAGUAUGCCAGCAGUGUUAUUUAUGAAUUCUUGCUUCUUGAAUGUCCAUUUGAGUCGAAACUCACUUCUGGACUGAUCGUGUUAGAGCAUGGAAGGGCAGUUCAUGAGAUCACCUAUGACCAGCUUCAUAAUAUUAGCAAAGGUGAAACUCGUAUCAUAUUUGCACAUAAUUUCAAGAUUCCUCGCUGGGAAUGUUGUUCAAAGGACUAUGAGAAGCUGUUAUUUCAAAGUUCAAUCUUACCUAAAGUGAAUAAGCUAUUUGAAGCAAUUGAAUUAGCAUUGGCGUUCAAGAGAGAUGCACCAAGAAUAAUGUUAAAGGGAUUUUGUGGCUACCAUGAAGAAAGAUGA